ACAAAUUUCGCAAACAAGGGAACACCGCCUCUCCAUCUGAUUCAGAAGAAACAGAGGCUGCUUGAGGAAAAGGCUUGAUAUAUUUUCUUGUUUUUUUAACUCUGUUGAACUUGGCAGUCAACCAUCGUCAGCUGAUUUGGAAAUCGUAUCAAAAGGUUCAAUUGGUUUACAGGUAUUUUGGCCUGUCUGUUACUGUCUUUCUAUCACUUUUUGUGUGUGUGUGUUUACGUCCCUCAAAUUUGUAUUGCCGCUGAACGAUAUCAUAAACAAUGGCGGAUAACGUUAGCGAGGAGAUCAAGAACAAGAUCCUCAGAGAGAGGAACAUCAUAACGGGUGCCACCAACAUGAAGAAGAAGACAAACAACGCAGCAGUGAUCCAGAAGUGCAACUCCAAUAUCCAGGAGGCGCAGCAGAACAUCGAGUACUUGUCGAGGUUAUUGGAUCAACUGGACGUCAGGAACGGAGCGGUACCUGAGACCAACUAUGCCAGGUUGGACUUGAUCAAGUACGACUGUCCUUCUUUGGGCCAGAAGAUCCAGUUCAUGAUCAAUCAGCUUGACACCAAGUUGAAGGUUGAACAGAAGUACUCCGAGGCGAACGAGAAGUUGUCCAAGAUUUACCAAAUGGACGGUGAUCGCAGGAUCAGUUCCGUGGCUGAGGAUGGUAGGGUCCAGAGUAACCACAAGAUUCAACUCUUGAAGAAAGCGCUCAAGAAGUACGAAGACAUCCAUGUGAAUUUGGAUCAGAUUACGUCACCUCAGCAGGACCCGAUAGACAACGCCACUUUCAGAAGAAAGCCACUAACCGGUACGUUGACGAUUGGAAUCAACUCAAUAAGGGAGGUUGAUCAUAUCGCGUCUCCGCUGUUUUCGAGAAAGACCGAGUCGUUCAUCUCUAUCAAGGUUGAUGAUGAGGAGAAAGCCAAGACCAAAGGGAGCCGCAGCGACAAAUGGAACGAGGAAUUCAGCAUUCAUGUUGACAAGGCCAAUGAGGUUGAAAUCACGGUGUUUGAUAAGAUCAAUGGAUCUUUUGUCCCUGUGGCAAUUGCAUGGUUUCUCAUCUCCGACGUUGCGGAAGAGAUUCGUAAGAAGAAAGUUGGACAAACUGGUGGUGCAGGCUGGGUAAGUGCUGCUCGAAUCCAAAGUGGAAGCCAAGUGCCUGGCCAAAAUACAACAGACAAUUUCACUGUGAAUAAUAGCACCACCAUGGUGGUCAACAAUAAUGGGUCAUCCUCGUACAACGGAACCAAUAAUAAGCCCUUGCCAGCCCAAAUCGAAUCGAAAGAGCCUAUCAAAUCGAGUAAUUGGUUUGUGUUGGAGCCUUCUGGGCAGAUUUUGUUGACCCUUGGCUUCACGAAAUCUAACGCUGCGAACAAGAGAACAAUACUUGGAGGUUUGCACCGUCACGGUGCUAUUAGAAAGAAAGAUGAGGAAGUAUUUGAACAGCAUGGACAUCAAUUCAUCCAGAAGCAGUUCUAUAACAUCAUGCGUUGUGCUCUUUGUGGUGACUUCCUUCCUUAUAAUGGUUACCAAUGUCAGGAUUGUAAGUUCUUGUGUCACAAGAGAUGCUAUGAGAAGGUUAUCACCAAGUGUAUCUCCAAGUCUAGUACCGAUAUUGAUCCAGAUGAGCUGAAGUUGAACCAUCGUAUUCCACACAGAUUUUACAACGUGUCCAACAAGGGUACCAACUGGUGCUGUCACUGUGGUUAUCUAUUACCUUGGGGUAGAAAGAACGUUCUCAAAUGUAAAGAGUGUGAUACUAUGUGUCACGUUGAAUGUUCUCAUCUUGUUCCAGAUUUUUGCGGUAUGUCCAUGGAGACUGCUAACGAGAUUUUGAUGACAAUUAAAUCUACACAAUCUUCAAGAAAGCAGAAGAUCCAAAACUAUCAAGAUCGUCAGUCGUCCUCUGCUUCAACUGUGGUUGCUUCAAACCAUAGUGAAAGUACCAAACCAAAAUCAGAUGGUACAAAGGUGUCCAGUGGUGUUUCUGCUUCCAUUCCAGAGUACAAGACCUUGGAACCAGAACCACUGCCAACACAACAUCACCGUCAAAGACGUCCACCUCCUCAAGAUCUUUAUGUCGGACAGGCACCAUUGUCAAAGCAACAAUCCACUGGAUCCCAAACUAAUUCAUCCUCUGAAGGUGGUUAUUCUCAAUCCUCUGAACCGAACUACACAACACAUGAUCCGUAUGCUCAAAAGUAUACCCAAAGCUACACUGCUGAUUUAGAAGAACAAAAGACUAAUGAAGAGCCUGGUAGUAAUUUAUAUGUCAAUGAUCGUCAAUACGAAAUCGAGCAAAGACGAAUUGCUUAUGAGCAGCAACAGCAACAACUGAAAUAUCAAGAGGUACUACGCAAGCAACAGGAAGAGCAGGAGCAACUGCUGGCCAAGCAGCAACAGGAACAAGAACAGUCAAAAGAAGUGCAGAACCAAGCACAAGAUGCAGACGUUUCCUUCCAAGCUGAUGAGACAAACGAAGAUAUUCGCAGAAGAUCCCAAAUUCAAACGGUGGAACCAGUACAAACACAUCGUCAUUCGGAGAAACGUCAUCGUCCAAAGGUUGGACUUGACGAUUUCCACUUCAUUGCUGUGUUGGGUAGGGGUAAUUUUGGUAAAGUUAUGCUUGGUCGUUCCCAUCGUACUAAAAAGCUGUGUGCUGUUAAGAUUUUGAAGAAGGAUAUGAUUAUAGAGAAUAGUGAAAUCUCAUCCAUGCAGGCUGAAAAGGAAGUUUUCUUAAUUGCCAAUAGGGAACAACAUCCAUUCUUGAUCAACUUGCACUGUUGUUUCCAAACCGCUAACCGUAUCUACUUCGUUAUGGAGUACGUGUCAGGUGGUGAUUUAAUGUGGCACGUUCAACAAGGUAACUUUUCUAUGAGAAGGGCAAAGUUCUAUGCAGCUGAAGUCGUUUUGGCAUUGGAAUACUUGCACGAAAAUGGUAUCGUAUACCGUGAUUUGAAAUUGGAUAACAUUUUGUUGAGCACUGAUGGUCAUAUCAAGAUUGCAGACUACGGUUUAUGUAAACCGAAUAUGUGGUAUGGAAAGACAACUAACACUUUCUGUGGUACGCCAGAGUUCAUGGCACCAGAGAUCUUGAAGGAACAAAACUACACCAGAAGUGUUGAUUGGUGGGCGUUCGGUGUCUUGCUUUACCAAAUGCUCCUGGGAAAAUCGCCAUUCAGAGGUGACGACGAAGAUGAAGUUUUCAAUGCCAUUUUAACUGAUGAACCUUUAUUCCCAAUUCAAAUGGCCAGUGAGGCUGUUGGUCUUCUCGAGUCGUUGUUGGACAAGAACCCUCAAAGUCGUCUUGGAGCUGGACCAAGAGAUGCCAAAGAGAUCAAAGAACAUCCAUACUUCAAGAAUAUUAACUUUGAUGAUAUUUUGAACUUGAGAGUUCCACCUCCAUAUAUUCCAGAGGUAAAAUCCGAAGAAGAUGUGUCUUUCUUUGACAAGGACUUUACAACUGAGGUUCCAAGAUUGACACCGGUGAACUCUGUGUUGGACACCGCGAGCCAAGCUCAGUUCCGUGGUUUCUCUUACGUUAAUGACGCUUCUGGUCUAUGAUCAAUAUUGAAGAACAAAGAGUCAAAAGCUCAUGCAUGGUCUGGAAUUAUUUGUACGCUUCUACUUCGUUUUUUAUACUAAUAUAAGAUUGUCCUUUGAUGUCUAUAAUCGCUAUACAUCUU